GUUUGUUUCUAGAUUCUCUGUGGUGUCGUUUAGAGCACGUCUUGGGUGUUUUCUCAGUUAUGCCUGAGCCGGCAAAAUCUGCUCCAGCCCCAAAGAAGGGCUCCAAGAAAGCGGUGACUAAGGCGCAGAAGAAGGAUGGCAAGAAGCGCAAGCGCAGCCGCAAGGAGAGCUACUCCGUGUACGUGUAUAAGGUGCUGAAGCAGGUUCACCCGGACACCGGCAUCUCGUCCAAGGCUAUGGGCAUCAUGAACUCGUUCGUCAACGACAUCUUCGAGCGCAUCGCGGGUGAGGCGUCGCGCCUGGCGCAUUACAACAAGCGCUCGACCAUCACGUCCCGGGAGAUCCAGACGGCCGUACGCCUACUGUUGCCCGGGGAGCUGGCCAAGCACGCCGUGUCCGAGGGCACCAAGGCCGUCACCAAGUACACCAGCGCCAAGUAAGCCCGUUCAGGUAACUGGAUGUCCUUGGGCAUGAUGGUGACGUGCUUGGCGUGGAUGGUGCACAGGUUGGUGUCCUUGAAUAGCCCUACCAGAAAAAAAUAAAAGCCAAAAAAAUCCUUA